GAAUUUCGUUCGAUAAUUCAUGGCAUUUUACUGACGCGAAGAUAAAUUUCUGAACAUUUUUCAAGGGCUGCCGCGUUUACAUGCCUUCGUCCACUCGCAAGAUGGAAGAGCGUGCGAGUACAAAUGGGAUUCUGGUGAAAUUUCCAGAACGCCAUCAUCGACGAUGAAUCAAAUUCUUCAAAGCUUCUUCUUCUCGCGCCGAAUGCCACUUCGGGGCAAAAAGAGCACACGCGUAAAUACGCGUGUACCUGUCGAUAUACACUUGCGUGUACGUGAUGCAAUUAAUCGUUCAAGUCAAAAAUAUUACGCAACAAUUUUCGGUCAACAAUUCUGCCGCGAGUGUCGCACUCGUCGCGUUGGUUAUUCAGAGCCUUGAAUCGGAGAUCUCAGAGGUUACGGCGUAAACGUUCGAGAAAUUUUCGAUCGAUCAUGGUAUUUACUACAAAGAUGGUUUGCAGUUCGGCAAUGUUACGGUCAGUUGCGAGCAGGGUCCUAUUUGUCGGACCUGAUAACGCAGAGGUUUUACAGUACGAAGAAAAUAUUUAGCAGGGAUAAGCCUCAUUGCAACGUUGGUACGAUCGGGCACGUCGAUCAUGGAAAAACUACUCUCACAGCGGCAAUUACCAAAGUCCUUUCGGAGAUGGAACUUGCCACACUGAAACAAUAUGCCGAGAUCGACAACGCACCGGAGGAAAGAGCACGCGGUAUAACUAUCAACGUUGCACACGUUGAAUAUCAAACGAGCAAUCGCCAUUACGGUCACACCGAUUGUCCGGGGCAUGCUGAUUACAUCAAAAACAUGAUCACCGGUACCUCGCAAAUGGACGGAGCUGUACUUGUUGUUGCCGCUACGGAUGGUACCAUGCCGCAAACUAGAGAGCAUCUACUUCUUGCCAAACAGAUCGGUAUCUCUCACAUUGUUAUCUUCAUCAACAAGGUCGACAUCGCGGACGACGAAAUGGUCGAUUUAGUAGAGAUGGAGAUGAGAGAGUUGUUAACUCAAAUGGGUUACGACGGAGCAAACAUACCCAUCGUGAAAGGCAGUGCCCUUUGUGCGCUGGAUGGUACCAAGCCAGAGAUAGGGCGAGAUGCUAUAUUAAAACUGUUGGAAAUUGUGGAUUCUUAUAUUCCCACUCCUGUCAGAGAAUUGGACAAACCGUUUUGUUUGCCGGUAGAGAACGUUUAUUCGGUGAUGGGUAGGGGGACGGUAGUCAGCGGCAGAUUGGAACGUGGAAAGAUAAAGAAGGGCAUGGAAUGCGAAUUGAUCGGUUACAACAAAGUAAUAAAGACGACGAUAACGGGAAUAGAGAUGUUUCACAAAACGCUGGAGGAAGCUGAGGCAGGAGACCAGAUGGGUGCUUUGCUCAGAGGUUUGAAAAGAGAAGACAUUAGAAGGGGCAUGAUAAUGUGUAAACCAGGAAGCCUGAAAGCCUACGAUCAUUUGGAAUGUCAAGUAUACAUGUUGACAACGGACGAGGGAGGUAGAACUAAGCCUAUGAACCACAUGAUGAACAGUCAAAUGUUCUCGAAAACGUGGGAUUGCCAAGCUCAGGUAAACCUGCAAGGAAAGGACUUGGUCAUGCCUGGUGAAGAUACCACUAUUAUAUUAAAAUUAAUAAGGCCGAUGGUGUGCGAAAAGGGUCAACGAUUUACGAUAAGAGAUAGUUUCAAGACCAUAGCAACCGGAGUAAUUGCCAAUACUCUGCCGAAUCUGAACGAAACGGAACGUUUAGAGCUUAUCGAAGGUAAAAAGAAAUUAAAGAAGCGACAGGCGCAAGCGGAAUUGUAAUUAUUUACUGUAUUUAUCACGUUUUAACUCGAUAAAGUCAAGUAGAAUCGAAUUUAACAAAUACACAUACGCGCGCGUGUGCGCGCGCGCACCGAUGCAUAUAUAAAAUAUUCAUAAAACAUACCUUUUAUGCGCAUUAUACCGUAGCAAUUAUUCAUAACAUUAUUGCUCCUGUUACUGUUGUAUAUAUGCAUUUAUAUAAAUGUACGAUCAGUCGAUCUUAUCAAAGAUAUUCCUGUUUUCAAACACGUAGGAAAUUAAUGAAUAAAUAAAUUGUUUUUCUAUACGGUGUAUUUUAAUAUUUCAUACGAUUUUACGUGAAUUUCGCGACGAUCAGUUCUCAUCGUCGAUAGAAUGUGUAAUUUUUUUCAAAGCGAUUUGAAAAUGUUUCAACCUUGAAAAAAAACAGUUCAACGAUGAUUUAUUGAGGUUCGAUACAAGUCAACGGUACAAGUUUUUUUUUCAAACAGCAGAUGGAACACCGAUAUAUACUUUUCGUAUACUCCUCUCAUUUCUGUUAUUUUUACAACCGCAGUUGUGUUGUGGUGUUUGCGCGUUACUCGAUGCGUUCAGGUGCGUUCAGGUUGUCCAUUAGCGAUAGAACAGAGGAAUUGGGGUAAAGGAAACGUAUGAUGCAACGUUUUGCUUGCUCUUCCAUAACCAAACGAACGUGUUCGUAUAGAAAAGAAAAACACUGUUUAUAUAAUUUAAAUUGAACAAAUCGUACAUUCAUUUUCGCUAAUAGAAAAUAGUAAACAGUCCUUGUAUCAUGGACAAGACGCAACUGACUACAAACCGUGCUCCGCUCCGAACGUUAUUUCAAAAUACAUACACUGCCGUGUGAAUAUCGAAGAUUACUCGUAAAAACGACUGCUGCAGCACAUCUAAUGCUUCCUUUCUCGCGUUGGUUUAUCGCCGGAUGAUCGUGUGUGUAGGUGUGUGUAUGUAGAUAUCUCUGUGUGUAAGGUAGCAGCGUAAAGAUUACGUGUCAUUUAUUGGUAAAGAUUGGACUACUUUGAGAAUUUCUCAAAAUUUCACGUAUGUAGUGUACACAUGAAUGCGUACGCGCGUGGUGAGCACAUGCAGACGCGUGUGUAAACAGUUGCUUUCUAAUAUUAGCGUAUCGAUCGUAUCGAAAGAUUCUUUCUCACAGAAUUAAUUUCUCUCGCGUUAGGGAACAACACGUCCAUUCAUUCCGGUACAGAGGACGACUCGCGUACAAUGUUUCGGUAUACACGAUGAUGGUUAUACAAAAUUAGCAAGAACAAUCCGACAGCUUUGAGACCACACUGUACAAUGAAGCAGAUCGAUAAUUCGUCGUUUAUCAACAAGUUAUGCAUUCGUUACAUUAAAUACAUCGUUUCACACAACAUACUCACGCAUACCAGAGUAUCGAUAUCGAUCACGCAUACCAAUAUCGAUUAUAAUAUAUGUAAGUAAAGGAAAGAACGAGUUGAAUCUACCAUGCGUAAAAUAUCAACGGGACAUAACAGUGUGUAUAUUGGCUAAUGCGUACGACAAAGAUGAUGCUGCGACCAACAAAGAUCGGUUCACUUUUCUCAAAUUCGACGGUAUUAUCACUCGGUACGAAAUUAGACAAAUCGUUAAGCCCGAUCAAUUCUCACGCACGUAGAUCUUGUGAUAUGCGCGGAAACGUAACGCUCAAUUCCUGAUAUCGUUCAACUUCCAAGACAAAACUCGAGAAACGCCAAGCCGUCGAAGUAUCUUUGCCACCCCGUUUGCCAGUUACAUACGAAACGGAAGUAUCCUUGUACGUUAUUAAUUCUAUUCAAGAAAGAAUCUCUGAUUUAUGGAGAGGCACAGGCACGUGCACGCAACGUACUCGAUACGCACGUGUACGUAUACGGUUUGUCCUCUCUGUUCGCAUCGUACACGCGACGUGGCAAACUAAAGAUCUUCGUCGUCCUCUGGUAACGCUGUCUCCUGCGCUUCCUUCAGAUCCUUCUCUAUCUGUUGUUGCCACUGUGGAUCCAUUGUAACCUCUGGCGGAAGGAGAGCUGGCAUUGCAACAAAUUCGAGAUUUGGAUCGCCGAUCAGUUUGCGCGCCAACCAGAGGAAAGGUUUCUCAAAAUUGUAGUUGCUCUUUGCACUGAUGUCGUAGUACUGAAGAUUCUUCUUUCUGUGAAAGACGAUGCUCUUGGCUUUUACUUUCCUAUCCUUAAUGUCAACUUUGUUCCCACAAAGAACAAUAGGUAUAUUUUCACAAACACGAACUAAAUCCCUGUGCCAGUUGGGUACAUUUUUGUACGUUACCCUCGAUGUAACGUCAAACAUAAUGACGGCACAUUGUCCUUGAAUGUAAUACCCGUCUCUCAAACCACCAAACUUUUCUUGGCCGGCUGUGUCCCAAACGUUGAAGCGGAUCGGGCCACGGUUCGUGUGGAAAAUCAGAGGGUGCACCUCGACACCUAACGUUGCCACGUAUUUCUUCUCGAAUUCACCGGUCAAAUGCCGCUUGACGAACGUCGUUUUCCCGGUACCACCGUCACCGACCAGCACGCACUUGAAUGUAGGAAUAUCAGCUUCUUGGGCCAUUUCAAUAUAUUAUAUUACCGGAUUAUUAAUUUACUUAGAUUGCUGAUAUGACGAGUAGAGAUCUGAAAAAGAAACAAGAAAAUAAUAAUAAUGUGUUAUCCACAAAGCUGUGGACAGUUGGACGAGAGGGAAAUGGAAAUUGCGAGACAACGGGUGAGAAAACGGGGAAAAAAGAAGAAAGUGAAAACGCUCGGAUUGUCGGUGGAAAUGCCGAACCAACUCGGAUGGUUGAAAGUUGCUGGAAUAUGCUGGAUCGUAAAAUCGUAUCACGCGUCGAAAACGUGAUCGACGUGAUGAUGCCUGUUUCCAAUACACUCGAACAGUUACUUGAAAAUGAUACGUUAUACGUUCGUACCAUGACACGAACGCACCUACGAAAAUACAAUUUUAUCGUAUUUGUUCCAAGGAAAUCGGAAUGCCGGUUCGUCAACGUGUCACGCUUCGGAACGACUCAAUGUACCAAAAUUUACCACGUUCCACUGCGAGAGAAUGGCGCUUCUCGUCGUAACACUGGUUUUCGCGUUAAUCUUGCCACACGAUCGCGUAUAAUCCAAUCGAAACGACAAAGAACCGAAUAGACCGACCGAUCUAGAUUUAUUUGCCACGGGUCUAUGAAAAUCGGCGAAUUAUUGGUACGAAAUUUCCCGGCAAGUAACGUGUACGUGAAAAUGACCGAUAAAAUUUAC